AUGGACACUAAUGACUGGGUAGUCCUUUCUGAUGAUAGUCUUUUUGAUGUCAAUGAAGAUUGUGCUGAGAAGCAGAUUUAUUUGGGAAAAAGGAACUUGAAUUCAAAAGGUGUUUUUGAUGUGGAUGACUAUUACUUCUGCACCUCACCAAAAUUCAAGAAAACCUCUGAGGCAUCAAGGAAUUUUCAUCCAAGGGUUAUCAGAGAGGUUGCCCAUAUUCCAAUUCAAUUGGAAUCAAGAAUUGGGAAGGCCCCAGAUGAAGGGUUAGUGGAAGAAAACACCAAGGAUCAUGUUGAGGUCACUCUUGUGCCAUCACCAAUUACCAGUGAGAAAAUAAAAGAAGUGGUUUUGGGAGCUGGUAAGGACACUGUGCCACAGCUUUUUUCCAAGAUCAGGGAAAUUGAGUCCCCAAAGUCCGUUGGUAGAGGAUUAUUCAUUUCACCUGACAUAGGUGCUUUGAAAUUUGAGGACAUAGGUGGUGAGGCACAUGAGAUCAUGGUCUCUCCCAGAGUGAAGAUUGAGAGAGAUAGGACCAUUAUGGACGCUGACAAAGAAGUGGAGGACUGUAGUGAUGGUUUUAACUUUUGGAAGUGGAGCUUGAAUGGUGUUGGAGCUAUCUGUUCUUUUGGGGUUGCUGCUGCCACAAUCUGUGUCCUGUUCUUUGGAAGCCAACAAAGGAACAAAUUCCACCGGGAUCAGAGGAUUCGGUUCCAGGUCUACACUGAUGACAAGAGGAUAAAGCAAAUGGUACAGCAUGCAACCAAAUUGAAUGAAGCAGCAUUUUCAUCAAUGAAUGGUGUUCCUCUGAGUAGAGCUCGCAUUACUUGUGGUGGUUACUAUGACGGUCUUGACUUCAAAGAAAGGCUAAAUGCAAGAACAAAGAGUGAAGCAAAGGCAGUGGAGAGAGUGGUGGCAUCAGAUGAAGGACCUGGAGCAGGUGCCUCAGCAGCUGAAACCCCAGUUGCUGCCAUCACCAACAAGGCAAUCACCAAAAGAAAAAAGACGGGCAGCUGCCCGGACUUUCCCGCUGUAGACAGGUUCGAGGUGCUGGGCAGCCGCACCUGCCCGGUUGUUGGACAGAGUGUCUCCAUUCGAUUUCUUGGUGCGAUACAGCUGUCGCCAACUGUUUGUGGG